UCUCAUUGCAGGGAAGCUCUCCAGAUCCUCAGCCAGCCAUGUGAUGAGGUCAAGGCCCUGAUCAGGCGGUAGAGCAGCCUUCCAAGAGCUCCUUCUAUCUGCUUUGAACAGAUCGGCACCAGCCCCAAGCUGGAGAGAUGGUGUCACAGUCUACGAGCCGGCAGGAUUCUUCUGUGGAUCCUUGGGAAGGGAUCAGCAACGAUUCCAGCAACAUUCACAGUUUGCCCAGCCUCCUGGAGCCUGACCAGCCCCCGUGUCCACUAGACAUCCGGCUCAGAAGGCACAAAGCUGCCUGGAUUAACCCUCAGUGUUUGCAGCAAGAGCUGCAGGCUUUGGUUCCAGCAGUGGGGAACACUGUCUCUUCCUUGGGCCCUCCACCUCCAUCCCUUAGGGACUCCUUGACAGAGACCUCCUUGUCUGAGGACUCCGCUGGCAGCGCCUGUGCCCAUAGCCCAGGUGAAAAUUGCAGUGACCUCUCUUUGACCUCCACUGAAGGACGGUUGGUGCUCCCAGGGCGCUUUCUUUCAAGGUCUCUACCCACAAGUGCUAAGAUUUUGGCCACAUCCCCACAUCCUAGUGCUGACCGUGCCUUUUUUGGCCCUUCCCACCCGACAGCUUCUGCUGAUAAAGAUGCUGUUCAAGUCAGAGGAAGAACCAUUUCUUUGAAUUCCUUCUCACCAGAAGCAUUAGAGCUGCCUGUUGAUGUAGAAAAGGAAAAUGCCCACUUUUAUGUUGCAGAUAUGAUUAUAUCAGAAAUGGAGAAAAUAAAGUGUAACAUCCUGAGUGAACAGCAGGCAGAGGGCUGGAGGCAAGAAGGCGCCAGUGGGUCACUUGGUAUUGAUCAAGCUGACUCUGAAGUGACCUUUGAUACUAACAUAAAGCAAGAGUCUGGGUCUGCUACCUCUUCAGACAGUGGCUAUGAAGGCUGUGCUGUGUUACAGGUCAGCCCAGGGGCCAAGACACCUACUUACGAUGAUACAGUGAAAGAGACCUGCAAAUGUGACUUUGAAGACUUUGUUAUUUUAGUUUUUCAGUUUUCGCAUCUCUUACAUUUCAGUGUCACAUAUGAGCCAGAUUUCAAUUCGGCUGAGCUGUUAGCCAGAGAGCUGUACCGAGUUUUCCGCAAGUGUUGGAUGUUAUCAGUAAUUAAUUAUCAGCUGGCAGGUUCUCUGAAUGCAGCUGGCUCAGUAGUUGUAGAUGAAGAACGUGUCCAAGAAGACUUUGAAUCCAGCAUGAGCAUGGUACAGGAGAUUAAAUUUAAGUCCAGGAUCAGAGGGAGUGAAGAAUGGGCUCCCCCAAGAUUUCAAAUUAUAUUUAAUAUUCAUCCACCACUAAAGAGGGACGCCGUAGUGGCAGCCCAGAAUUUUUUCUGUGCCGGCUGUGGAACUCCAAUAGAGCCUAAGUUUGUGAAGCGGCUCCGGUAUUGUGAGUACCUGGGGAAGUACUUCUGUGACUGCUGUCACUCGUACGCAGAGUCCUGCAUCCCCGCCCGGAUUCUGAUGAUGUGGGACUUCAGGAAGUACCACGUCAGCAAUUUCUCCAAACGGUUGCUGGACAGCAUAUGGCACCAGCCCAUUUUCAAUUUGCUGAGAAUCAGCCAGAGCCUCUAUGAGAAAGCCAAGGAGCUGGACAGAGUGAAGGACAUCCAGGAGCAGCUUUUUCAUGUCAAGAAGCUGUUGAAGACCUGCAGGUUUGCUGCCAGCGCCCUGAAGGAGUUUGAGCAGGUGCCGGGACACUUGACUGACCAGCGCCACCUGUUCUCCCUGGAGGACCUAGUCAGGAUCAAGAAGGGGCUGGUGGCGCCCUUGCUCAAGAACAUUCUGAAAGUUUCCCUCCUGCACGUGGCCAGCUGUGAGCUGUGUCAAGGAAAGGGCUUUAUCUGUGAAUUUUGCCAGAACUCGACUGUCAUCUUCCCAUUUCAGACUGGAACGUGCAGAAGAUGUUCAGUGUGUGGGACUUGCUUUCACAAGCAGUGUUUCCGGUCCUCCAAGUGCCCCCGGUGCGCCAGGAUGUCAGCUCGGAGAAGACUUUUGGAAAGUUUGCCCUCUGCAGCGACUUGAUGCUUCUGAGCAUUGUGAAAAAGACUUGUCACCAUGCCUUAAGAUCGCACC